AUGCCAAGAAUCCCACCGCGUUCUAACGCUCCCCAAGUCGCGUCUCCAGCUGUCGUGACACCUAGUCCGCGCGGGAAUGCUGCCGCGUCUGGCGCAUCUGCGAAUGUGUUCGCCGCGCACCGCCUUCCCAGCCCGGCUGCUCCGUUGCCCGAACCUAAGGCCGCCACGUCAUCAGCUACCGCCACGUCAGCCGGUCCUGUUCAGGUCGGCGCUGACGUCCAGAGCCCGUGCGGAGUGGCGGCGGGCGGAAGCUUCCAGAGUCCGCGCGGGCGGAAGAAGCCGUCCGCCGCGCAGCCGUUGCGCACCCCCAGCGCAUUGGCGCGCCUCCCCCUCCCCGCAUCUUCCGCCGCCGCCUCCUUCGCCGCCUCCGCCCCUUCUUCCGCCGCUUCCGCCUCCUCCGCGUCUUCCAUCCCCGUCGGCGCAUCCUCCAUCUCCCCCUCCACCCGUUCCGCCUCCCCCUCCGCCGCUUCCGCCUCCCCUGCCGCGCAUUCCCCCGGCGCCAGCCAACCCGCGGAAAACUCCUCAAAAAACCCUUCCCCAAGAACAGCUGCCGCCGCCAGCGCUGCCGCCGCGCAGGUGGCGCAGGUCGGUUCCGCCGCUGCCUCCCCCGCCGCUACGCCCUCUGCUGUCGGAACUGGCGGCGUCCCCGGCGCUCCGCCGGCUGGGGGGGUGGUGGCUGCGGCGGUGCCCCUUCCUCUCCCAGCAAGCGGCGAGAUCGCCGCGCGCGCAGCUGCAGCGGGAAGCGCGGCGCAACCCGCGAGCCCGGCGGGUGGCGCGGGCACAGGGGGGGCGGGGGGCGCGCGGGCUGUGAUUCCGCCCUCCCCCAGUGCCGCCCCGUUGGGGGCGAGUGAGCGGGGAGUGGGGGGAGGAGGGGAGAGAAAUGUGGGCGGGGACAGCAGCGCCAGCACCAGCACUCUAACCGAAGCAACACCAACCCAAGCUGCUGGUGCUGCUGCUGCUUCUUCUCCUACCGCUAGUGCUGCUUCUGCCGCCGCCGCUGCUGCUGCUGCUGCUGCUGCUGCGGUUGAUGCGGCUGUCUCUGCUGCUAAAGCGCCCACGCCGCUGAUUCCCUUCACGUACGCGCAGGUGCAGCAGAUGGCGGGGAGGUUUGCGGAGGAGGGUAGAAUCGGCGAGGGCGGGUUCGGCGUGGUGUACAAGGGGAAUUUACCCACGAAAAGCGGGCGCAAGAUUCCCGUGGCUGUGAAAGUGCUGAAUGCGGAGGGGCAGCAGGGCGAGCGAGAAUGGUUGACUGAAGUCAGCGUGUUGGCCCAUCUCUCCCACCCCAACCUCGUCUCCCUCGUGGGCUACUGUGCGCACCACCAUCACCGCAUGCUCGUAUACCCCUACCUGCCCAACGGCUCCCUCGAGCGAAGACUUUUCGGGCUGCCCGCAAAGGAAACGCCGCUGACGUGGCAGCAGCGGAUUGGCAUUGCGGUCGGCGCGGCAAAAGGGCUGGCUUAUUUGCACGAGGAAAUGGAGAAACCGAUUAUCUACCGUGAUUUCAAGACCUCCAACAUCCUGCUAACCAAGGACUGGCAGGCGAAGCUCUCUGAUUUCGGGCUGGCUAGAUGCGGGCCUGAGGGGGACAACACCCACGUGUCUACGCGGGUGGUGGGCACGGUGGGAUAUGCCGCCCCAGAGUACGUGCUGACGGGGCAUCUGACGGUGAAGAGUGACGUGUACAGUUUCGGCGUGGUGCUGCUAGAGCUGAUGACUGGCCGGCUGGCACUUGACAAGUCAAGACAAAAAGAGGAACAAUCACUAGCAGAAUGGGCAGCCCCAUUCUUAGCUUCCCCCUCCAAGCUCUAUCGCAUCAUGGACCCUGCUCUCUCGGGCCGCUACAGUGUGAAGGGCGCUCAGGCGGCGGCGGCUGUAGCGAGAGACUGCCUCACCCGCAAGGCCAAGCAGCGACCGCGCAUGUCCGAGGUGGUAACCGCGUUACAGCCGGUGCUGGAGCUGUUUGAUAUGGCGGGAUUUGAUUCCUCCGGUGUUGUGGGAGGAGGUGGCAGAAGGUAG